AUGGCACCCGCCGUCGAGGCCAGCACUGAGCGGACGGCUACGCCGGCUACAGGCGAGCCUGCAUCACCCAAAGUCGAGGACCGAGGCCUAAACGCCACAGAAUCAAGCUGGCGACGAUAUCCAGAUGUAGUGACUCAGCCUGGGGAUGAACCAAGCAUUGUUCGCCAGACUACGGAUGCAUCGACGAGCAAGGCAACUAAUCAAGCCGACGAGCAGGACGAAGGCGCUGUGGAUGGCGAUGUUAAGAUCGAGGUCCAGGACACAGACAAGCCGGUCGUUCCACCUUUACUCACACCAGAGGCCUCAAGUCAUUCACACGAUGAUCCUCCCGAGGUAGCCGACGAGGAAAAUCCAAAGUCGCCAUUGUCUCCUCGUGGGCCAAGAAGUCCCAGAAGCCCUAGAAGACACUGGCGCCGGAGGUACUCGCUAUCUCCUCCUCGGUCGCGUAGUCCCCCUUACUUUGAGGCAGUCGCAAUGCCACUGGUGAUACGACAAGGUGAAGGCGCUGAAGUCGGGAAGAAGAAAGGCGAGACUGAUGACAAGAAACCCGAGGGCGACGAUGGCACGGACGCUCGAGGCGCCGAAGGCGAGGACGGAGUGAGAGCCAACGACAAGGAAGCUUCGAAGCCAGAUAGUUCCGACGACGCCCAGCCUGAGAAGGCAGAGCCCAAGGAACACGGUGUGCAAUGGGAAGCAGAGGUCUACGACAGCGAGAAAUUUGUCUCCGACAAUACCACGGUGGUCAAGUAUGUUGACUGGGACUCUCUUGAGCCUUCGAAAGAGCAGCACAUGAAGUCCAAGAGCUCCAAAGGGGCGGCAAAGGCGUCUGACGGCGACGAACCGGAAUGGAACGAGCCAGUCGUUGUCAUGCGAUACGUGGUCGCCGCUCAUAUGCCGUGGCUCGAUGUAGAAUAUGCACAGAAGGAAGAGGACUCCGCGGAAGGAUGUGUGGCUUGCGCACAAAGGAAGAAAAGACUCGGCGCUCGACAAAAGACUGGACGAAUCUUCAACGAAGACAGGAUCCCCAAAACUCUCAUGGAGCACGACAUCCGAUAUUGGUCGAAGCCUAAUCUUGUCAUCAAAAGUCCACAUCUUUACCAGGAGUUGUCCGAGAUCAUUGACCAUUACCCUGGGCAGUUCUCCAAGCUGUACACACACAAUGUCACCAAUGAUUGGGAACGAGCCUAUGUCUGGCCAUACAGCAAUUUGCUUCGCUAUUAUGAGAAAAUCGAAGAAAUAUUAGCCACCCCAAUCCCUACCGCUGAAGAACUACAAGCAAGAGAAGAAAAAAACGAAGAAACGAAGCCAGGUAACAAGAUUGAUACUUCUGUUCCCUUCAGAAGGUCACCGAAGCUUGCACGCCGACAUCUUGAAGUUCUCCACGGGCUCUUGAAGCCAAUGUACGAUGAAAAGAUUGCCAAAUACAAGCAACAUCUCGCUGAAGGUAACAUCAAGUGGCACUGGGAGGCUCUUGGGUUCCUCCUCCGACCAGGAACCGUUGUCUACAUUAAAGAUCGCUGGACACCUUGGUGUGUCGGCGUCGUCGAUGUCGCAUUGGUGCAGCACCAAGGCACGAUAGGCAGCGUGACUAUGCAAUGGGAGAUAUCUGUGUGGGUCCUUUCGUCAGAUGGCAACAGAGUGGGCCGAUGUUUGGUCGACGACAAAUAUAUCGAAGAGUACCAUGAGGCGAAGGACGUGACGACUGAGCUGGACAUCUGCCCAGUCGACCUGUGGGACAAGACACACGGGACUCACAGGCGAGAGCAAGCGAUCGGUCGUGGACGUCUGCUCUACAAAGCCUUGAAGAGAGGCUAUAUCGUCGCACAGUAUACCGCUGAUGAGAAGGAGCGAGCAGGAGAGACAGGAUACGCAGGCCGCGUAGUUGUCGACCACAGGAGGGGCCAAGACAUGGUCCGAGGACUGCAGCUAAAGAAGAUAGGCCUCGUUCCAAGUGAAAAGGAUCUGUACGACAAGUACGACGGCGUCUUCGUCCACAAAGCUUGGGUCUGGGGACCUCAACACAAUGUACUCAACGAAGAUACGUCUUACGGUAGCGCAUCGUAUGGACGCUCGGAUCCGCUCGACCCGGAUCAGGAUAAUGACCCAAGUCGUGGGAGAUACGAUCCUGUCGAAGCGCCCUUAAGACGGCCGCUCGUCAUCAGACGCACAGUGCCACUCGUGGCCGAGCAGGUUACACGUUCGUCCGUCAGACAGCCGCCGACCGAAUGGACGCCAGCUCAGGAUGCAAAAGCAAUGAAGACACUCGGAGACGAGCAGCUGAUGCUCUUGUACCCACUGACCUUCGCCUUCUCCCUCAAAGCUAAAGAGUGGAUCGAGCUCGAUGCUUCUCGCCUAGAAGAGGUCAAAAAGUCUGAUCGAAGCUACGAGAGCUUAGUACUGUCUGACGACUCCAAGAAGAUGAUUCAAGCUGUGGUCAGGCGACUGGAAAGGCAGGAGACCGAAACCACCUGGUCGGCCGACUUCGUGGCUGGCAAAGGUUCGGGCGGCAUCAUACUGCUUCACGGCCCUCCAGGUGUUGGCAAGACAUUCACCGUUGAAGCGAUCGCCGAGAAGCUAGACAGCCCACUUCUCGCCCUGACUGUUGCUGAUAUCGGCACCCAGGAGACUAUGAUCGAGCGAAAGCUCUUGCAGUGGUUCACAUGGGCAGAAAUGUGGAAGGCCGUCCUGCUUAUUGACGAGGCCGACAUCUUCUUGGAACGUCGUCACACCCGCGACCUCACCCGCAAUGGCCUCGUCUCAGCCUUCCUGCGCCGAGCUGAGUACUUCGACGGCCUCCUCUUCCUCACCACCAACCGCGUUGGCCACAUCGACGAUGCCUUCAUCUCCCGCGUCCAAGUACCAGUACUCUACCAGCACCUGACUGGCGACCAGCUCGCCAAGAUCUGGGAGCACUUCUUCAGCAAGCUGGAACUCGAGAUGCGCCAGCUCCAGGCUAAGGAGAAGAAGAACGCACUCGCACUCGAGCGCACUGCCUCUACUGCCUCCACGAACCCGGACGCGAAUAGCGAGACGAGCAAGCCGCCGUUGAAGCAACGCGCGAUCUGGGUAAACCCGCCCGCGAAAAAGUGGGUCAUCAACGAGUUCAAAAAGGGCAACUACCCAGGCCUGAAUGGAAGGGACAUCCGCAAUGCCCUUCAAGCAGCUAUCACCCUCGCCGACUACGACGCCCAUGCGGACCAGACCGGUGGAGACGAAGACGACAACACGGUAAUGGUUGAUAUAACACAUUUCAGCGACGUGCUGGAGAUGAGCUGCAACUUCAGGAACUACAUCAGUGGGAUCAGGAACGCGGACGAGCCAGAGCGCGCGCACCACAGAGGAGACCGGCCGUAUGAUGGCACGGGGUAUGGGACGAGGCAGCAAAGCCCGGAGAAUAGUCCGAGUCUGGGAAGGCUGAAGAUGGGGAGUGCGAGUUCGAAUAAGUUUGCUGGCGGUAAUCGGUGA